GUGAACCCUGAUGAAACCGAGGAAGCUACUGCCUCUGACGAGGAGUCCAUAAUCGUGGAGGCUCCUAAAAGGCGUGGACGGCCCCCCUCAAGCGGUACAAAGGUGGGUCUCUCAAGGACGUCGCCCAAAAGUGUUGGCAAGGUGAACCUACCUUGUGAGCGGACUCUAUUCCAAUGACUACAAAAACGAGCGCACAAGUCCCACGAACAGGCUCAGUAGGACUGUUUUAAACAAGAACGCCGCCACGAUAUCGAAGAGGCGCAGGAAGGAGACUGCAAUGCCCUUUCCUAUCUACCAUGGGGUCACGGUUUUGACCGAGCAUCGGAACUUCCGCCUUACCUACGACGUUUUCACGAAGGGCAUGGACCUUCGAGAGAAAAAGCAGAGCGUCAAGAAGCCACCAGCUUACUCGCACAUCAGCUCCAACAAAUAUCCCUUGCGAGCCAAGCUGGCUGGCGAGAAGCACGUGUGCGACUGCAAGAUUGGUCAAACGUGCGAUGAGACUUGUUUGAACCGUCAUCUACUUUAUCUCUGUGAUCCGAAGCUUUGUCCCUGCGGCGACAAGUGCACCAACAACUGGUUGAGCAAGCGACCAACCAAGAAGACAGAGGUCAGAUGGUUUGGACCGAGAGGGUUCGGCCUUGUGGCGUCAGAGCCUAUCGAGGAGGGCGAGUUCAUCGACGAGUACCGCGGCGAAGUCAUCGACCUUGCACAAAUUACCAAGAGGACCAACGAACUCUACCGAAAGCUGGGCAACUACUACUACCUCGACUAUGACACAGCCGCUGGAGAGGUCAUCGAUUCGGGCCUGCGGGGCAACAUCACGCGGUUUGCCAACCAUUCGUGUGAUCCCAAUUGCCAGGUAGAAAGGUGGCUCAUCUGCGGCGAGCACAAGCCUGCGAGUGCUGAGCACCAGAUCGGCCUAUUUGCCAAGCGAGACAUCGCAGCUGGCGAGGAGCUUACCUACUUUUACAAUUGGAAAACGUUCCGGCCCAAAAAUAUGGCCGCACCGACUACAGAAGAGCAAGAGGCGCCCAUCGCUUGCCUAUGCGGCUCGGCAAAUUGUUCGGGUACCCUCGGAGGCAAGAAGGUCCCUUUAGUUUCCACCGUCAAGGCGACAACAAAAGCUGGCAAGAAAAGGAGGAGAAGGCGCGCAAAAGCCAACAUCGCAGAGCCUCCUGGACGACUUCGAGCCGAGCCCGUGGAUGUCGUGGAUUCUAUCUCGGCGACGAAGCGCAAGAGUGGAGCGCGCAGCAAACGACAUGGUGCCACGACCGACAUUGAUUCCGAAGCUGAGACAGAGAUGGAUGAGCGGCCCAAUAAGCGUGUACGCAAAGCUGCUCCAGUUGUCGAGGUCAAGCGUCGCGGACCCGGUCGCCCAAGAAAAGUCCCUCUGGUCACCGACAUUGCGUCGCCGCCGCCGCCUCCUCGUCCGGCCGGUCGGGGUCGUCCUGCUCGCAGCUCAACAGGUGCGCCUCCGGAGCGUCCUUUUCGCAAUUUCUCCCCUGAUGCCGCGGAUUCAGAGGAAGACGCCAACGUCACUGAUGACAAUGACAUCUCGACCUCAAUGCCAGCAGCAGAUGGCACCCGAGAGAGUAAGACUAAAGGCAAAGACAGGGUACGAGACAUGGACCACCAACUCCGCCGGCCAAGCAAACUUGAGCGUGAAGCGAGCAAGACGCGCCUCCUUUCCUCGCAUGGGCGACCGUUAUCGAGACGUGGCGAAGCGUCGUCGUCGAAGUCCGCUGUCAUCCGUAUCAGUCCCGACUCGUCACCUUUAUCGUCGGCCAGAAGCAGCCUCGACUUCAAUUCGCCUUUGGCUAAGCACGAUGGCGUUAGUGCGACCCGAUACGACGACAGCAGUGCAUCGAUUAGCGAUGACGAGGCCGUGAUGGGUCUUUCAGUUAACGGCAAGAGUGCAGUAGCUGUCCCCGAUGGCGAAGGGAGAUUACUCGAGUACGAGAAAGUCCCAGAGUCUGACGACGGCACCAGAUCGGAUGCCUCUUCUGAUGCCGCCGAAGCACUCAUGACCCUUGAUGGCAAGCCAGAGCUCAAGAGAAAGCGGCCUGCCACCUUGCCCAUUCGAAAGCGGAAGCCGAGACCCAAGGCAAAGCAUGCGCAAGCGGUGCGUCAGCCAGCUGGUUUCGACGAGACCCGAUACCCACCCCAUACUGCCCUCUUUAGCAAGAACGGGAAUCCCUACAACUUUGACUGGAUCAACCGGAAGGGAAGGAUCGCGCAGCCGUACUCCAGAGAAGAGGUCGAGCAGCUUCAUACAGAUAAGAAGACCACCGCUGCAGCGAAAGCGCGGGAGCGUCGAGGCAGGAAUCUGCAACGCCGGCUGAUGGGUCAGAGUGCAACAUUGCCAGCGACUCCUACGAGGAUAGAUGAUGGUAAUGAUGGUAGCCGUGGCAGAACAGCAGAGGACGUCCCGCAUAGAGCGCAGGAGACAGCCUUCGAAGACGGUCGUGGCAAAGAAGACGAGGAUUCAGGCACAGGGAAGGAGCAUAUGGUGAAGCUCAGGGAGGCGCUGGAAAUGUCGCCCGCGUGGCUCGAGGAGUGUGGCAUGGGCAGAGACGAAGCGAAGAAGGCAAGGACGACAUUUCUGACAAGGGUCAGGCGACUGCAGCAGAGGGGCUAUGGGCACGAUGAGGCGAUGAAGAGUGCCUUUCACAAAAACAAGCCCUCGCCCGGUUCCCCGCUCGCGAAGCUGUUUGAUAUCUGCAUUCACGAGGCUGAAAAGGAUUAAGUAGGGACUCUACAUCAUCUUCAGACAAGUCCAAGCAUUGUUUCCCGUCUUUCAAUCCCAUUAAAUUGUCGUCCUC